CAGAGAAAGCAGGGCAGGCAUGGACAGGGAAGGAGCGGAGGAAAAAAGCGUCCGCCUUCAUCGAGCGCAAGAGCAAAGCAUCUAGACUUGUGUUCUUGUGGGAUUUUUUGCAGUGUUUGGGUGAAUCCGAUUGGCUGUUGCUGUGAAGUGGGCGUGGCCUACUGCAUGUGUUCAGAGUAAAUGAAGCCUCAGAGAUGCAGCAGCAGCAGCAGCAGCGAUGGCUCUCAGCCUCACUCAGGAGUAUUUCCAGAUCCCUCUGGUGACCCGGACAUACACGACUGCCUGCGUCCUCACCACCGCUGCCGUGCAACUUCAAGUCAUCUCCCCGUUUCAGCUGUACUUCAACCCAGACCUCAUCAUCAGUAGAUACCAGAUAUGGCGUCUGAUCACCAGUUUCUUCUUCUUUGGUUCUCUUGGAUUUGGUUUUUUGUUCAACAUCAUUUUCCUCUAUCGGUACUGCCGCAUGCUGGAGGAAGACUGUUUCCGAGGAAGAACGGCUGAUUUUGUUUUCAUGUUCCUGUUUGGAGGAAUCCUCAUAACUCUGCUGGGUCUGUUUGCCAACAUCUUCUUCCUCGGCCAGGCCUUCAUCACCAUGCUGGUGUACGUCUGGAGUAAAAGAAACCCGCUCAUACGCAUGAACUUCCUCGGCCUCCUCACCUUCCAGGCGCCGCUUCUGCCCUGGGUGCUGAUGGGAUGUUCGCUGCUGCUCGGAAACCCCGUCACUGCCGACGUCCUGGGUAUCGGCGUUGGACACCUGUAUUACUUCUUAGAGGACGUGUUUCCGAACCAACCGGGAGGAAGAAAGCUGCUGACGACACCAGAUCUGCUACGGGUCAUGUUUGACCCACCUGACCUUCUCCAGGAGGAGCAGCAGGAAGAAGAUCUGCAGCACAACGAGGAGCAAGGCAGCUAAAAGCUUCAGGAGCAACCAGCAGACAGAAAAUCAAUAAGACAAUCAAAAAGAUAAUCAAUGGAUCUACUUGAGAAGGCUUAAAAAGUUCAAACUGACUAUAUUCUUAUGCUAAAAGGUCAAAACUUUCUCUGAACUUUUCCCAACCUUAGGAAAAGUAACAAUAACGGUCUCAGUUACAGCAGAGACCGAACAGAACCGGGUCUGUAACAACCAGUCCAUCUAGAAUUUUGUGUUGAAAUGUGAUGGAAGCUGCAGAAGAAACGAGGAGCAACUGGAAUGGAAAACCACGCAGCUUCGUCUGCACACGCUGCACUUUCACCCGCUGCCUUUGUGGCUCAGACAAAAUGGAAACUGCUUAGCACGACAACACGACGGCAGCACAGCUGGGAAAACCAGGACCGGAGUCCAACCAGGCUGGAGAGGAGUUUGGAAAUUAAAGUCGACUGGGAAAGAUUCCACUGGAACAACUGCAUCUGCUUUAAAGCCGUUGUACGUUGAAAAAAGGAGUAAAUGUCUGCCAGAAAAUUUCUAGGAAAAACUUAAAAAUUUCAGUUUGA